GUCGUCGGUUCCAAGAAGUAGUAGUAGAAGAAGAAGAAGUUUGUUGUAUUCUCUUGACGUAAACAACUCUGCAGUUGGCGCCCGUUGGGUAGACGACAACCCACUUCCUGUUUACACCGGCGCGCGCAUGCCCGAAGGCUCCGACAGUUUCCUGUCAUGGUCGACGGACACGCAAGUAAAGACUAAAUUGUCUAAAUGACUUGAGAGUGUCAAUCUGGGUGUCCCUGCCUCCCUGCCCUCUGCUACACCUCCCCCCUCUAGUAUAGCCGACAUGGACGAGGCGGACCUGCUGAAGGAGAGGCUCCAGGCGAUCACGGACAAGAGGAGGAUCCAAGAGGACAUCGCCCGGAAGAGGAGACUGAUCGAAGAGGAGAAACUAAAAUUCCAGUAUAUAAAGAAGAAAGCCCUGAGGGAGCAGUGGCUGAUGGACGGCCUGAGUCAGCAGACGGAGCAGGAGCAGGAGGCCAUGAGGCUCCAGGCUCAGGACGAGCAGCAGCAGAGUGAUCUGCUGCAGAGCAACAUCCUCAGAAUCGAGGGGGAGAUCGAGACCUUGGAAGCGCAGGAACUCAGCAUCUCCGCCAACGAGGAGGUCGUCCUGAAGCGGUUGAAAGAGGUGGAGAGGACGGCUGAAGACAUUAUCAAGAAAGCUACGUCGAUAGAUAGAGAGGCAGAUGGAAACGAACUGAACGAAGGUUGCAGCACAACUAAGAAUCACAACUCCUAUCCUGUCACCAUGGAAACCGCCGAACAAUCAGAGCUGCCAGUGGACUGUGAAGUGGAGGUGGCUGUGGCUGAUUCACCUGAGCAGGGGAAGGAUUUCAGUGCAGAUGACGAGCAAGUUUGUUUAGAGACAGACUUAUCAGAUUCCCCAGGGGAAAAGGCAAUUCUUGGUACAUUAUUACCUGACCUGCCGACUGGGAAAAUUGAGAUUGACAUCCCUGAUUGCUCUGAGACAACUGAAAUGCCUUGCCAGGAUCAAAAGGAAGUUUUAAUAUUAGAAUCAGGGCAUGAAGAGCUCAACAGAAAUGAGUCAAUCACCUCGUCUGUGUCUGACACACUCUCCAGUGCUGAUAGUGUUUAUGAGAAUGAGGCCCAUCGUAAGAGACAGGACACACCAGAACAAGAUCCUGAGCAAGAACAAUUCCCUGAGUCGGAGCAGUAUCCUGAACCAGAGCAAGACCCUGAACCAGAGCAGUAUCCCGAACCAGAGCCAGACCCUGAACCAGAGCAGUAUCCUGAACCAGAGCAGUAUCCUGAACCAGAGCCAGACCCUGAACCAGAGCAGUAUCCUGAACCAGAGCCAGACCCUGAAACAGAGCAGUAUCCUGAACCAGAGCCAGACUCCGAACCAGAGAAAUACCCUGAGCCUGAGGACAACCUUGAAGUGGGGCCCUACCCUGAACCAGAGCAAUACCCUGAGCCUGAGGACAACCUUGAAGUGGGGCCCUACCCUGAGCCUGAGGACAACCUUGAAGUGGGGCCCUACCCUGAUCCUGAGGACAACCUUGAAGAUGGGCAAUACCCUGAGCAAGAUCCUGAGGUAGAGUUAUACCCUGAUCCUGAGGACAACCUUGAAGACGGACAAUACCCUGAACCUGAGGAGAACAUCGAAGCAGGACAACACCCUGAGCCUGAGGACAACCUUGAAGAUGGGGAAUACCCUGAGCAGGAUCCUGAGCUAGAGUUAUACCCUGAGCCAGAGUUAUACACUGAGCCAGAGCCUGAGGCUGAUCAUAACGACUUUAAUCCUAAAGAUAAUGGCUAUAAAAGUCUGCAAAUGGACACUGAGGAAGACCCAGAGGCCCAUGAAAUCCUAUUUGAUCCACCCAUUACAGGGGAGUCAAUAUUGGAGCAUUGCAUUAGAGAAGAGGCAAUGUCAGAUUCCAAUGAAUCCUGCCAUGACCUUGACCACGAGGAAAUGGAUGAAUGCCUGAGAGUUGAAAUUGCAGCGGCUUCCUCGGAUAGUGAUGGUGACGAAAAAUGGAGGGCAAUAUUCUCCUCUUCUAUAAAUAAAGAAGAUGACGAUUCCUAUUUGGACAGUCUUCAGCUGAGUGCCCAGGAGCUCUUUGUGCAGAAAGUUGAGGUGACAGACUUUGAAGAACAAGGCAACUUUGAAGAGGUCUGUUUUGGAGUUCCAGAGGAUGAAGAAGUUCUUGAACAACCUGAAGAUGUAAUUCCCUUUCCCGCCCCGACACAAGAGGUUAAAUAUAAUCCUUUAGGCAUUCAAGGUUUGUCCAAGAUCUCUGAAGAUGAGAGUGAAAAUGGCAGGGAUGCCAAUCAUAACCACACCACCCACCAACAGCAAAACGAGGCAGAUCAAAACAAGAAGCUACCUAAAGACUUCUGUGUGAUACAGGAGACUAAGAGUGAGAAUGUCAGCACAGAGCAUGUGGACUUCCAGCAAACUCGUAAACAGUGGCGGGAAAAAGAGGAGCAGACCAAGAACAAGAUUGUCUUGCCUACUACCAAGCAGCCCAGCUUCCAUGGCGGCCACAACUUCAUGUACACACCAGUCCGCAACAUCGAAAGAACUCACAAAAAAGCGCAUGAUCUAGAGAAUUUGAAUCUGGUAGGGGAUUAUCCUCUCACCCAAUUCAGCCCUUGCUCAGAGGACUCUGGCCUGGAUGACUCCAGUUACAGGUCCGCAUAUGACGACCCAGAAACACCGAUUGAGAGGGAGAUUCGCAUAUCAAUGGAGAGGGAGGAAAACUUUAGGAGAGAGAAGGGCUUCUCGAGGAUGGGCAAAUCAACCGACUGCGCUCCAUCACGAGGUAUACCCAGAUCCAUAAGCACUCCGCUUACGCCAUCCUUCAUCAUCACCUCCUCACCCACUAAGGAACCGCUGAAACAUACCAUCAUACUCGACCCCAGCAGCGAUUUCACCACCAGUCCCAGACAUUGCAAAGACAAUGUGGCAGCUCGGCCUGGCGAGUGGCGCUCCGAGGACCACAGCUCGAACCUCAUCAUCCUGGAGACAACCAAUCUGAUAAUUCGCAGUGCCUCGGAGUUCUCCCUCAACAAAGCCUGUGAGCCGCCGCAGGAAAAGAUGUUCCUCAACAACCCCUUUUUCAAGCUGCGUUCAAGAAGCACACUGUCGUUUGUGGAUGAAGACAUUAAGUUGGUGAAGCAGAGGGAGGAAGAGCUGAGGAAAGAGAGAGCAAACCUGUAUGGCAAAGACAGGUUCAACACGGAAAGAAUGCUGUCAAAUCACAUGGACACUUUGACAUUUGACACUUCAGCAGAUGUACCAGAGAAGUGCAAGUCCUCUCCAUCAUCACCAAUGAAAACAGCCUACAGGAUGGAUCGCUCUGCUCUGUCCUGUGAUCACAGAUUUCCGGAGGUCUACGCCGGAGGAAGACGCAAGAGUGCCAUGGCCGUGCGCUGGGAGGCGGGCGAGUUUACAAAAAAUGAGUGAAGAGGAACAAGUCGCCAGUUUGCCAUAUAAGGGCGUUGAAUGUCAAGUGUUGUUCUCAUUCAAAGUUAGAUUCCCGCAUUGCAAUUGUCUGUUUCAUGUUGUGACAUAACCUAAACUACUCUGCUUCUGUGAUGCUUUGGGCAAAAAAAAAAGAAAUAGCAAGACAAUAAUGACGCGGUUUGGACGGAUCAAAGAGAAGCGAGACACAAAGUACGGGGGGUGAUUCUGGACAGAGGGUGUACAUUACUUUUUCAGAAAGCCACACUGUUCUGACGUGUCCUCAUCAAGUCUAAAUCAACACUCAUAGCUGGAAGGCUGCUGGUUUCAGCUCUUACAGGCUACAGGUGCUACUACUUUUCGUAGUAGCAAAGUAAUUUGUAUGACAAGAUUGACUAUAACUGUGCCAACACACACUUGCUAUUUUAAACCGUGUGGCUACGAUAUGAAUGGAAUGAUACGCUGAUCAGUGCAGGUAAAUACCAACAUAAUCUCAAUUUCACAGAGACAAAACCCAGGUUAUCAGUUUAUGUAUCAUGCAAUAAUAUUCAAUAACUGUACGUCUCCUCGUCGAUCGUCCCCUGCCUAUUGAGGAGAUCCAGGAGUGCUGAACUUAUUUCUGAUUCCCUAAUGGGCCUUUGUUAUUAGCUUAAUACAGUACUCACAUGCCAUGUGUAUAAUGAAAGAGUAAAUGGUCGCUGUAAUCUUAAAGUGCAGCUGAAACUUAAAUUAAGCUUCGGGAGGAGUGUUUAACCAGCAGUAUGUCCACACGGUUGGAUUACGGCUCCAAAAACUCUUUCAAUAUUAUAAUACAUGUGACUACUGUAUCAAGACUCACUUGGGAAAAUACCUACUUUAUGUAAAAUAGGGUCAUUUGCUGACAGUAAACUGAAAAGUACUUGCAAGACAGCUUUUUUUUGCGAAGAUGCCUGAAUGUUAGACGGCUGUAUUGUUGAGUCCAAACUUUUCUGGACAUUGUAAAUCUUAAUCAGAUUUGAAAACAUAUUUUGAUGUUAUUGUACGUCUUGAUGAAAGCAAAAUGCUACAUUGCUCAGUGUAUGUUAAUUGCAUUUUGGUACUAUGCUUUUUAUUUAUUUUUUUGCUGCAAAUGACAUUUUAGGGUGAGCUGGAAGGACAUGAAUUUGCACAAUAUUACAAAAUAUAUAUACUCAUAACUUGACGCGGACACUUCAUACAGUUUUAGUGAGGAUAAAUAUUAAUAAGUGUGCAUUUUUCAGUUGUGACCCCACUAAGAACCGUUGAGUUGUCCGCAUGCAUUAGCGCCACAUUAUUCCGUAUGACCCGUGGUAGGCGAUCCAAUAAGUGCAGGAAUAAAACAGAUGAAAGUAUUUUAUUCUUUAUACAAAAGCACUAUAAAUGAAUGUUUACUCGUAUAGAGUGAGGCUACACUCCCACUUAUUUCAACUUUUAUGUAACAUGGCAUUCGUUGUGAACGGCAUGACCACGAACGAGACAUUUUUAAAAGCGGUUUCCGUCGGUAGAAACCACCGGGAUCUGCUCAUUUUAAUAAAGAGACGUUUAUCGUUAUUUUACAAAGCCUUGAUAUUUCCAGCAACUCUGAAAAGCAGCAUUCCUUGACCUUAGAUUCAACUGACCUUAAAACAGCAUUGUUUUACAUGUUCAUGUUUGUACGCUUCAUGGUUAAAGUAUAGCUGACAAAUCGUCUCAAGGAUUACUUGCUGAUGUUUAAAUAUUCUGUGAAAAGCCCCUGCCUGGAUUUCUGAGGGUUUAUUAUAAUGUUGGGGCUUCUCACUUUGUGUUCCUCACGCAAAUAUUGAAGAGAUUAGUGCAACAAUAAAAUAUGUAUAAGAACUA